AUGGUAGCUAUAAAAGCCACCCACAUCGUCCGGCCGGCCAGCCCCACCCCAAACGAGACCAUGUACUUGAACUCGUGCGAUCAAAUCAAAGAUAUCACCCACACCCCGACCAUCUACUUCUACAAGCACUCCCCAAACCUCGUCUCUGAAAACCCGAUCCUCGCACUAAAGGACUCCCUUAGCAAAGUCCUCGUCUCCUUCUACCCGCUCGCCGGCCGGCUGACCUGGGAUGCCGAGGGCGGCAACCGUGUUGAGCUCCGGUGCAACGCAGCCGGCGUUCCCAUUCUGGAGGCCGAGUCGGCCUCCAGGAUCGAGGACUUCGGGGACUUCACUCCGGGCCCCGAGAUCCAAGCUCUUAUACCAACCGUCGACUACACGGCCCCACUCGACGAGAUCCCGCUCGUCAUGGCCCAAAUGACUCGGCUCGCCUGUGGCGGUCUCGCCCUCGGGCUCGAAAUCUCCCACGUCAUGGCCGACGGGCCCAGCGCCCUCCACUUCGUCGGCGAGUGGGCUAAUCUCGCUCGUGGAGGCGCAGACCCCACCGUCUCCCCAUUCCUUGACCGGAGGGUGGUCGAUGGUGGCGGCGAGGACAACAUGGAGCAGAAGAGGAAGCCCACCUGCAUGGCCUUCCUCCGGCUGACCCAGCUGCAGAUCGAGAAGAUCCGCAGCAAGGCCGACGUAGAUUAUCCCGAGAAGAUAAAGUUCGGGUCGAGACGGGGUUACAGUCGGUUCGAGGCUGUCGCCGCGCACGUCUGGCAGUGCACGAGCAAGGCGCGGGCCCACGUGCCGGAGCAGCAGACGAGCCUCCACUUCAUGGCCGACUUCCGGAACAAGAUGAAACCUCCCCUACCGAAGAACUAUUUCGGGAACGCGUUGAUAUGCGCGGAGGCCAUGGACACGUCCGGGAGCCUCCUGGCGAGCCCGAUCGGGAACGCGUGCUGGAAAAUACGGGAGGCUGUGGAGGGGGUGACUGACGGGUCAGUGAGGGGAUACCUCGAUUUUUUGAAGGGUUUGUCGGACGUGGGGCGGUUUAGGUCACUCGACAACAACGGGCGGCCCAAGGGGGACUUUUACGGGAACCUGAACCUAGCGAUCAUAAGUUGGAUGGGUUUGCCGCUAUACGGGACGGACUUCGGGUGGGGGAGCGAGGUCCAUGUGGGCCCGGGGCAGAUGGGGUUCGACGGGAAGACGUUUAUUAUACCGGGAAGGGAAGGAGAUGGUUCGUUGAACGUGGCCAUAUGGCUGCAGGAUGAGCAUAUGGGUGCUUUCAAGAAGUGCUUCUACGAUGAUAUUUGA